AGUUUCAAUGUGACGUUGAAGGUUAAACGAGUGCCUUGACAUUCAGUAUAACUGCUAAUUGGCGUGCGCGCGCAACAGCAUCCACCACCACUUUCGACCGAUUUCAAGCGACAAGCAGUUAUAACGGGCAGAGCCGCCCGGUCAGUUGCGUCCACAGUUUCGUUACCAACAGUUCUAAUCGUAAUGGCACCCCGGCACAUACUCGACCUUAGCGUCGAGGAGCAGCGCAGCUUCAUUGACUCCUUCGAUAUGGUAAUCAGCGACUGCGAUGGCGUCGUCUGGCUGCUUCACGGCUGGAUACCGGGCACCGGCGAGGCAAUAAAUGCCCUCAAGAGUGCCGGCAAAUCGGUUAAGUUCGUGUCGAACAAUAGUUUCCGCACCGACGGUCAGUACAUGGACAAAUUCGACUACAUUGGAGCAAAGAAUGUGCAACACGAUGACAUAGUGCAUCCGGUUAAGAGUAUUGUGCGCUAUCUGCACAAGCACAAGCCCGGCAAACGCGUCUACUCGCUCAUGUCGCUGGAGGCCAACGAGACGUUGCGUAAGCAUGGAAUCGAGUAUGAGUCGCUGCAAAUCAAGGAGCACUUGACGUCAGCCACACUGGUCGAGCAUCUGGCCAUUGAGAAACCUGUGGAAGCCGUCCUAUUCGACAUACAUCUGGAUAUGUCCUAUGUGGAGCUCGCCAAAGCGAUUCGCCACCUGCAGCUGAACAAGAACUGCGAGCUGAUUGCCGGCGGCAGCGAUGUUAUAAUGCCACUGACCGAGAAUCUUAAGGUUCCGGGCUUCUACGACUUCUUGCAGCACGUCAGACACUACACGGAUCGCGACGCAAUCUUCCUGGGCAAGCCGUCGCCCCUACUGGGCGAUCUGCUGAAGGAGAUGUACAACAUCCAAGCGCCAGAGCGAUGCAUUUUCAUUGGCGAUAUGCUCGUGCAGGAUGUGCAGUUCGGCAAGUCCUGUGGCUUCCAGUCCCUGCUCGUGCUCUCGGGCAUCCUGACCAAGGCGGACAUGGACGCGGCGCCGCCAGAAGCACAGCCCGACUACUAUGCCGACAGCCUGGCCGAUUUCAUAGAGUUGUUCAAGAACUUGCAGUAG